GUAGAAUGUUAUUACAUAUUUUUAAAUCUGGGUGUGGUGUGCUCGAUUCCUCGAUUGCAUUGGUUAUGAUUAAGGCCAUGCUUGAGUUUGUGUUGUGUUUGCGAAUGGGGUUUGGUAGAAAUAAGACAGAUAUAUAAAAAUGUUUGCCAAAAUCAUCUAUUAUGUUCGCUACUAAGUCAUGCCCAGUGUGAAAGAAAAUAGAGCCCACCAGUGGUAUACUGAUACUUACAGUACAUCACAAUCAUCCGGCAAGAAGAUGUUCAAUAGAUCAAGCCUGCAUUCCAAUGGCUAUAUAGAUGGGCAGCACCAGACACACCAGCAAGAGGUGGGAGCAGGGGUGGUUUCUGACGAGGUCCCCACAUACUUGAUAGAGCACCUAGCCACUUUUACAGUGUCAAAGGAAACCAGCAUAAUUUAUCCUGCUGAUGGUAUGCGAAGGCUGCUGCAGUUGGAAAAGUCCAAUGGAAUCUGGUCACAGAAGAUGCAGAUGCAAUUGGACCGCAAUUGGGUGCUCAUAAUGGAUUACGAGACAGGGGUUAUUAUGGAAAGGUUUCCUGUUGACCUUAUUCAAGAGCCAACUGCCUUUACAAGUCAUGACCCAAUGGAAAUUUAUAACAACAUUCUGGUUUUUAUAGUUGGAGAUGAAAGGCAAGAUCGCCAAGAGCAUGGAAUGUCAAGAUCUGAAAUGCAUAUAUUUCAGUGUCAAAGUAUUUCUGCACAAGAACUGGUGGAAGACUUAAAGCUGUUGCAAGCAGGCAAAGUGCCUCCCAACCGUAGAGCAGAAAUGAUACCACCACCUCCGGCCACCCCACCUCCUGAACCUCCUGGUGACAUGGGUGUAAAUGUUCGCGGUCAAGUGUCUGUGUUCAAUGCUUCAGCCAAUCAAGCAGAAACUGGAGGUCCACAUGUUGAACUUGCAUCUGGAAUGUUCUCAGGCCGUGAUGGCAUAUCAUUCAAUGACGAAACAUGUUCAACAUCAAGCGAGAAAUAUGAGCGCGAUGUAACUGUGUUAAACCACUGUUUUGAUGAUAUUGAAAAGUUCAUAGCAAGACUUCAGCAUGCAGCGGCUGCUUCACGGGAACUGGAGCGUAGAAGGAGGAAUCGUAAAUCAAAGAAGAAAGAUUUUGGAGAUGGCAUGUUGACAAUGAGAGCUAAACCUCCUCCAGAGGUAGAGUUUAUUGACAUAUUUCAGAAAUUCAAACUCUCAUUUAAUUUACUGGCAAAACUGAAGGCUCACAUCCAUGAUCCUAAUGCUCCAGAGCUUGUACAUUUUCUUUUCACUCCUCUGGCUUUGAUUGUGGAUGCUUCUCAUGACACUCAUUAUGGCCCAAACCUUCCUGCGAAAGUAUUGUCUCCACUGCUGACAAGAGAAGCUGUUAAUUUGCUCAUUAAUUGUGUUACAAGCAAAGAAACUGAGCUAUGGCAUUCACUUGGAGAUGCAUGGCUUAUUCCAAGGGAUCAGUGGAAAGGCUAUGUUGCACCGUAUCACCCAGUUUUCUUGGAUGGCUGGUCACCAGAGAGUCCUUUCAUGGAUGAAAGAGAGAAUCCUGCGCUCAUUUCUGAUUACACACGGCAUGGAGAUAGUGGUCGUGCAGUACCACAUGAGGUGGAGCAUGAUGGAGAACAUGAAUCACAUUACAGCAUUGAUUAUUUUGAUUAUGAUCGACAAGAGCCUUCAGGACAAAACCAAAGUUCAUUUCAUAAGUCCAGUUAUGGUGUUCAUUCUGAAAUUGAAGACAGGGAUCACUCUCCAAGUCCUGGAGCAUUAGAUCGAGAGUACUUGUCUGGAGCUGGGUUAGCGAUAUCACCGGCUGCCGGCAGGGAUGCUGGAGCACACAGCGACAUAUCUGCAGAUUCUAUAGAGCACGGGAUUGGUGAUGACCAGCAGCGAUUUGAGCUCUCACAAGCACGAUGGCUUGAGGAGUUGCAUGCCAGAGGAGCGAGAAUAGUGCAGGUGACAUACCCAAGGACUGCUAACAACGACAAGGAACUAACAGUUGUUAGAGGAGAAUACCUAGAGGUGGUGGAUGAUAGUAGAAAAUGGUGGAAAGCCUGCAAUAGCCGGGGCAAGACAGCCCAUGUGCCACACACCAUUGUUACUCCAUACCAGUACCAUGGCUCGGGAGAGCCUGGGGACAUGUUCAGUAACCCUCUGUAUGCUCCACCUCGUGGAUACGACCGUCAGUAUGCCAAGCAGGACUCUCCAAGAGGGGAACGAGACAUUGGUUCAAGUGUGGAAUCUAGACCAACUCGUUCACCGCCAAUACCACCUCCUGCCCCAGCUGACUGGGUUCGCAAAGAGAGACUUGGCAAGAAAGAGAGCAGAAGUGACGUGGAUACGAGUGCAGACGAAGAUAGCAGCUCAAUUAUCAGCAGUAUGAUGAUGGAUGUACAGAAUGAUGCGAUGUCUCCACCAACACCCCCACCGUUGCCGGAGUCAGCGAACUCUGAAACAAAUAUGAUGAUAGCUAAGAAUUCAAAUCUCAAAAGAGAACAAAGUAGCCACGAUUUAAUGCAAGAAGAACUGAAAGCUGUUCUUACAAAGUUCAGAGAUAAGCAGUCAAAUUUAGGUAUUAUGAAAACACCAGAAGUGUACAUAAACCAACAUUCGUCACCAGAUGAAGUUACACAGUGGCUUCAAGACAAGUGUUUUAGUGAAAGAGUAUGCAAUCAGCUGAGUGGAAUGAAUGGCAAUGAAUUAUUUGCGCUGAGCAAAAAGCAACUGGAACAUUACUUCGGCCCGCUAGAAGGACGGCGUUUGGAUUCCCAAAUAACAAUUCAACGAAAUAUUUCAGGGUACAAGACUGCCCGUUCUUCAGAACUGCGUGCAAUCCUUGCCAAAGCUCGUCUAAAAGUGGAAGAAUAAAGCAGAAGCGAAAAAUAAAGUAAUUUAUAAACGAAUGUUUAAAUUGUUGUGUGGAUGAUUAAGUUAUGUGUAAACAAAAUUAAUAUAUGUUGUAAUGUUUAGCACCAUUGUGAUUGUUGUAUUGCUAUGUUUACUUUAUGGGUAAAUAAAGAAAUAUUAAUUGUU